CAUCCCACAUUCUCCUUGAAGACUCUCAGGUGUUCAUAUUCGCUACAGGUGGAAACUGACCCACAUCUCAGAGGAAACGGAUUCAUCUGAAUUGCAGUCGUUUUUUAUUUAUUUGUUUGUUUUCUUUGCACGUGUUUAUUCUUUUUUAAAUAUAUUGUCUUUUAUUGUUUAAUCUGUGGAUUACAGUGAGGCUCUUUGGGUGCUGGGCCUGCAUCACCUUAGGAACCAGCCGCCUGGGCUUCAUCUAUACUGAAAAACCAAAGCGGAGAAUUAAAAGCAGCGUUUGGGACAUUUUGAAGUAUAAAAUAAACUAGAGAAGCGAUGGAUUACAUGAGCAGUGGAGCCAAGUAUACUCCUAAGGUGGCUAUGGAGUUUGAGUCUGAGCACUUCCUGCAAGUGUCUGAUAACAAAAAAUUGGAGAAGAAAAAGAGUCCGGGGAAGAUAGGCGCAGUGAUUGGGGUGGUAAUCUUUGUGGCUGUUAUUGCUCUCAUGACGGGGCUGCUGGUCUGGCAUUUCCACUUCCGUAAAGAACAGAUAAACAAGAGGAUGUACAGUGGAUCAAUGACGAUUGAGAACCAGGUGUUUGAAAACGCCUAUGAGAACUCCAGCUCUCCCGAGUUCAAGGCUCUGGCUCAGCAGGUGUUACGAGACCUAAAAGUCAUUUACAGCAACAACCCAAAGCUGAAGAAAUAUUAUGUCGGCUCUGUUGUUCAAGCAUUCAGUGAGGGAAGUGUUAUUGCCUACUACCUGUCGGAGUUUAAAGUCCCUGCAGGCCAAGAAGCAUCUGUUGACAACGCUAUGGAUGAUUUGGAUAUAGCUGUGAAAAGGACCCUAGAAUCACCAAAAAGACCAGCUAACACUCUGGAGAUCAGAAAAAUGAGAGCCUCAGUUUUAGAUGACAGAUUGUUGUCAACAUACUUCAAAAAAAAUUUAAGGUAUUCAGAACAUACAAAGCCCAAUGUGGUUAGUUGGAUCAAGUCCCCUGGUUUCCCCGACACUCCGUAUACGCCCAACACGUUCAUCCAGUGGGAGCUGCGAGGAGACCGUGAUAACAUCAUCAAGCUUGAGUUUGACACCAUGAAUCUGGAGGAGAACUGCAAACAUGACUUUGUGAAAAUCUAUGACUCUCUGGUGCCCAUGGAGUCCCGUGCCUUGGAAGAGUUGUGUGGACACUAUUCACGCACUGCACCGCUCACUUUUUAUUCUUCUGGAAAUGUCAUGCUGGUUACAAUGGGAACAAAUGACGACCUCGAUUCUAUAGGAUUUCUAGCAAAAGUUUCUCAAAUACCACCAGGAACUAUAAGUAAGAGCUGCGGUUCCAAACUAACAGGUACAAGAGGCACCUUCUCUACUCCAAACUAUCCAAACUACUAUCCUCCUAAAAUCGAUUGUGCUUGGGAAAUCGAAGUCCCUAAGGAUAAGGCAGUGAAAGUAACAUUCAAAAAGUUGCUCUUGGCAGAGCCUGGCCAGGAGGAUGGCAAAAAUUGUAACAAAGAUUACGUCAUGAUCGAUGAUGGAAAGAAACUGUGUGGAGAGAACCUCAAAGGGACACUGGUAGAAACCAGCAAAACCAACAAAAUAAAGGUGUCUUUUCAUUCUGAUUACUCCUACGUGGACCGAGGCUUUUUAGCAGAAUAUGAGGCCAUUGACAUCAAAGAUCCUUGCCCAAAUAAGUUCCUUUGCAAAAAUCAGUGGUGCAUCGAUCGUAACUUAACAUGUGACGGCUGGAAUGACUGCGGAGACAAUAGUGACGAGGAAAAUUGCAAAUGCAGCUCCGACAAGAUAACCUGUAAAAAUGGGCUCUGUAAGCCCAAGUUCUGGAAAUGUGAUGGUGUAAAUGACUGUGGAGACAACACAGAUGAAUUGAACUGUGGCUUAUGUAAAAGUGGAGAAUUUGCCUGCAAGAACCAAAAAUGUGUCUCAGAGAAGAAGGUCUGUGAUGAGAGAGACGACUGUGGAGACAGUUCAGAUGAGCUCAACUGUAAAGGAAAAUCGAAUCUGGAAUGCAGUGACAUUACGUACAAAUGCAAGAACAAUAUUUGCAUCAAUAAGGUGAACCCAGAGUGUGAUGGAGUAAAGGACUGUGAAGAUGGUUCAGAUGAGGAGAACUGUGACUGUGGGAAAAAGAAGUUAAAGUCGACAGUGCGUAUUGUUGGAGGACAAGACGCAGAAGACGGAGAGUUUCCAUGGCAGGUCAGCCUUCAUGUUAAAUCAUACGGCCAUGUGUGCGGAGGGUCCCUCAUCAGUCCAAAAUGGGUGGUCACCGCUGCCCACUGCGUGCAAGAUGACGGUAGCAUAAGAUUCUCUCGUCCAGAGACUUGGGAGGUUUACUCAGGCCUUCGAGACCAGAAUCGAAAUGGAGAUCCUGCAGUGAAGAGGACGCUAAAGAGGAUCAUACCUCACCCUUAUUACAACGCUUACACCUUUGACAAUGACAUCGCCCUGAUGGAGCUGAACAGUCCAGUCAGCUACUCAGAUUACAUCCAGCCCAUCUGCCUUCCAUCCGCUCAACAUGACUUUGACAUCGGUAAAAGUGUUUGGAUCACAGGGUGGGGAGCAACAAGAGAGGGAGGAAGUGCAGCCAGAAUACUACAGAAAGCUCAGGUCCGACUAAUAAACCAAAUGGUGUGUAACGACUUAAUGAAAGGUCAAGUAACCUCCCGGAUGUUUUGUGCUGGAAUACUGGAGGGAGGAGUGGAUGCUUGUCAGGGAGAUUCUGGCGGACCUCUAUCCUGUCCAGAAAGCAAUGGAAGGUUGUUCCUUGCAGGAGUGGUGAGUUGGGGUGAUGGCUGCGCUCGUAGGAACAAACCUGGAAUCUAUACAGCAGUCACUAAAUUUCGUGGCUGGAUCAAAGAGAAAACUGGAGUUUAGCCUACUGUGACCUAACGGACAAGAUCCUGGAUUAAUCAUCUAAUAGGACUUUAAAAGUGACCGCCCCUCCAGUGGAUUCAGAAGACUAGACUUCUCUUUGUUUAUAUGCUUAUAAAACUUACUGUGAUUUUUUUUUUUUUUUUAGGAGAAUGGUGAUAGUUUAAACUUUUUAAAUGUAAAUAUUUGCUUUAAUUUUUAUGUUUUUUAUAUUCUUUGAUGGAUAGCCAAAUGUUAUAUGAUGUAUGAAACAGUUUUUUAGCUGCUGCUGUUACACAAAUUUACACAUGAAUGCCGUCUUGAUGAAUCUUGUAGAUAAAGCUAAUUUGCCUUUAGUUCAUCAAAUCUUUUUUUGUUUGUAUGAAUUAUUUAAUUUUUAGGAUAUAUUCCUUGAAAAUUCUUACAAUUUGUCUACUUUUACAUGAGCUUCCAUCAUGGAUAAUAUUUUAUUAGAAACAUUCUGCUUUUCAUGACCAGUUUCAAAGUCCGCGUCAUGCAGUCAAAUUGAUCUAUAAUGAUUGUAAAUAUGUAUUUUAUUUUAGUCUGCUUCUAAUAAAAUUAUUUUAAACAAC